CAAUGAAGACCCCAUGUCACCCUACAAAAUGAAAAUUCAAACGCACACAAACGCAAUCGAGCGGAAAAUGUAGAAAAUUCCGAAGACACAUUGUCAGUGCGACGUGCACGUUCCUAUCUGUUCAAAUUUGGAACAAUCUGACGUGAAUAUUUUUCAUUUCUUUUGUUAAUAAAUCAAUUUUAACGUGAAAAAAGCCGUCAUGGAACGCGAUCUUGAUCCAAAAUACACGGCUAUGUGCAGUGAACAAACGAUAUAUUCGAAUAAAGAAGGAUUUUUCGGCGAAUUUUUUGAUAGUCUGAAAAAGGCCAGUCCAAAGAAAUGGAUGAACAAAGUUUUCGGCGGUGCGAAGAGUGAUCGUGAACGAUUUGUUUCGGUAUUGGAGGAGCCGAACGUAAGUGGAACGCUUUUCGGUAUGUUAGAACAUGUGACUGCUGUUUACAAACAAAAAGAUGCAAAGGGAUCGGCAUUACGUCGUCAUGAAGGAGAAAAACUGUUAGCAUGCGGUGAGGUGAAGAAAGCUGUAAUAUUACUGAGCCAGGCGGUAUUACGAGCACCGACUAAAGGCGAAAAUUUGACUGUCGAUGGUGGACUUUCACUCGCAUUUGCAUUGUGGUCUCGAUCGCAAGCGUUUAUUGCACUGAACGAUGGAAAGAGUGCACUCGCUGAUCUUCAAUGUUCGCUGAAUAAUGGACUUCCGGCAAAACAUCAUGGCGAAUAUUAUGUACGUUUAGCGAGAGCAAAUGCUUUAAUUGGAUCGAAGGCGAAAGCAGAAAUUUGCCUAAAUUUAGCCGACCGAUUGUCAGAGAAUCAACUGAAUAUUGAAAAGUUGAGAGAGGAAAUUGGAAUGAUAUCCUCUCACCCCGUUGAUCCGAUAGCAAAAGUACCCGAGCUUUCAUCGGGAGAAAAUCCACAACUAGAAAGUGCAUCUAAUAACAUUGAUUUAACCAGCUCGGAUGGGGUUGGUAAUUAUGUCAAGGCAAAAACGAAUAUUAAAACCGGUGAUGUUCUGCUGGUUGAAAAACCAAUCGUUUCAUCUCUGUUGGAUAAAUUUUUCGGAACCCACUGUUUGCAUUGUAAGCAAAGAUUGGUAGCUCCACAAGGAUGUGACGACUGUUCAGGUGUUGCAUUUUGUUCAGUCCAAUGUAAAAAGAUUGCUUGCUCAACGUAUCAUAAAUAUGAAUGUAAAUUUAUGGACCUGUUAAUCGGCAGUGGCAUGUCCAUUUUAUGCUUUCUGGCAUUAAGGCUUAUCACGCAAUCAACGACUCCCGAACUUGCUCUCCAAAAUGGUCGCAAAAUUAUAUCUGAUUUGUGUACCCAUUCGGAUCGUCGAUCAAAUGACGAUUAUUUGCAGCGGUGUACAAUGACUGCAUUUCUUUUAAGAGUUUUACAAAAGGCUGAAUAUUUCGGAAGACGUACAACCGAGUCCGCCGAGCCAACCAAUGCGGAAUUGGACAUAGCAGAAGUUAUUUUAGGUUUACUGCAAGUUCUUCAGUUCAAUGCUCAUGAGAUUUUUGAAACGAGACACGGAGAGACGCAUAGAUUUAUGGGGGCUAAGCCAGUCUAUAUUGGAGUUGCUCUGUAUAAGACCGGGGCAUAUUUCAAUCAUGACUGCUAUCCUAGUGUAACGCGAUAUUUUGUCGGCUCAACCAUUGUUUUAUGCGCAACGCAUCCAUUAAAGCCCGGUGAUAUGGUAGGCGAAAAUUAUGGACCGAUUUUCACGAAAAAGACGUUACUGGAGCGUUCCAGGUCAUUGAUGUCGAGGUAUUGGUUCAAAUGCGAAUGCAAAUGUUGCAAAGAGAAUUGGCAGAUUCUGGACAAAUUGAACAACAAAGCCAGAUUGAAGUGUACGACACCGUUGUGUGAUGGCGUACAUAAUUAUCCGGAAGAUCCGAGGAAAACGGUAAAAUGUUUGAAAUGCAAGAAAAUGGUUUCGUUGCAAGAGCAUGCUGCUCUUUUGUUAGAGUGUGAAGAACUGUACAGAAAAGGAGCCGAAUUUAUGGAUAAGGAAGAUACCCAAUCCGCUAUCGAUAAGUUCAUCGAAGGAAUUGAUUUGUUCUACGCCAUCGCAGUCGCACCACAUAAAAAUAUGCACCUGGCCGAAGAAUCGUUAAAGGCGUGUUAUGGUGAUCAAGGAACAGUUGUAUCUUUGAAGCAGUAAUUUGAAUUGUAAACGCUUCUCACGCUCACGUGUAGUUUUAGUUGUCUGAUGUUUCCAUUAUACAGACAAAAUAGAAAGAAGCGAAACUAGUU